AUGGCCACAAAUGGCAACCCAAACAAUGAAGGAAUGACCGAGGCCAAAUUGGGCCUCAACGGAUCUCCAGAGAACAUGAACCAUGAAGAGCAUGAAACAGCCAAACGAGCAGCUAGACUCGGCUACGGACCCUUGGCCAAUGCUCGCACGAACGACUCCACCCGCCUCCCAGCUUUCGGAGGUGAGUUCCAACCUGGUCUGUACAAAGGAGUCGAGAAGCGAAAGUUCGCCAACCCAGCUCCUCUCGGUUUGUGCGCUUUCGCGCUGACCACUUUUGUGCUGAGCUUGAUCAACCUGGGUACUCUCAAUCUCUCUGCGCCGAAUGUUGUUAUCGCAAUUGCAUUUGGGUAUGGGGGGCUCGUACAAUUACUUGCCGGCAUGUGGGAAAUGGCUGUUGGCAACACGUUCGGCGCAACAGCUUUGUCAUCAUAUGGCGGAUUUUGGCUGUCAUUUGCCAUUAUCUUGACUCCUGGUGGCUUUCAAAUCGUUGCAACUCUCGAAGAAGAGGGUGGCGUCCAGGCUUUUCACAACUCGUUCGGACUCUAUCUUUUCGGCUGGUUUAUCUUCACCACCAUCCUUCUGAUCUGUACACUCAAAUCAACUGUUGCUUUCUCUGCUUUGUUCUUUACUUUGGACCUUGCCUUCCUCUGCCUCGCCAUUUCCUUUAUGCAAAUGGAUGCUGAGGGCAAUGUACAUCCACAAUUGACUAUUGCCGGUGGUGUAUUUGGUCUUCUGGCGGCCUUCUUGGCCUGGUACAAUGCUCUGGCCGGUCUUGCAGAUACUUCCAAUAGCUUCUUCAUCAUCCCAGUUGCACACUUUCCGUGGUCCGAGAAGGGCCGUGAAAAGAGAGGUCUCAACUCCGACAAAGGUCACUCCGCCUGA